GCUCGACUAAAGCAAAAACUGACAAAAUAGUUAAUAAGAAACUAAAGAAAUUGCGCCAAGUUGGCAGCAUUGUGAACUGCGAAGCAGUGUGCAAAAGAAAAGCGAGAAGAACGCAGCGCAGCCGAAAAAAAAUUUUUGGAAGCAGUAAGCAGCGCUCUGCACGCGAUAUAUUUUUUAUUUUCAAAGCGUUUCAAUAUAAUUAUAAAACAAUUCAGGAUCAACGAGCCGGUGGAGCAAAACUGUGAGAGUUGAACGAACGUAUGUUCAAGCGUGUGUGGGUGUUUUUGACGAGAGCAGAAACCAAUCCAACCACCACCAACAACACUUUAAACAAUAAAGAAUAACAGCAACAACAACAACAACAUAAGCAGUAACAAAGCGAAAAGACUGAUAACUAAGCAAACGCAGGGAUUUGGAUAAACAACGCAUAGUUUAAUUGUAGGAAAACACACACACACACACAUAUACAAUCAAAACUGAUAGAAUAACUGUUAACCAGCUGACUCAAGAACAACAGAAAAGGGUUGAAAAGAGAGUGAGCGAAAUUGUGACAGCAGCUUUAACCCCCCACAACGGAUCACAAAAUUAACAAAAUGGAUGAUCUAAUGGUCGAAGUGAGACUAGAAAAUGGUGCCUACUAUAAGGGCCAGGUGACAGCUGUCGGCGAUGAUGGCAUCUAUGUGGAUGUGGAUGGCGUGUCCGAUGUGAUGAAAUACGCCUUUAACAAUGUACGCCUGCCGCCAGAUGAGCCCGUGCCAUCGGCUGUGCUUAACUUUGAGGAAGGCAUGGAGGUUGAGGUGUUUACACGCACAAACGAGCGUGAGACCUGCGGCUGGUGGGUGGCCGUUAUCAAAAUGCUUAAGGCUGAUAUCUGUGCGGUGGCAUAUAUUGGCUUUGAGACGCCCUAUACUGAAAUCUGUGAACUGGGCAGACUGCGUCCUAAGAAUCCUAAUCCGCCAAUAACGCCCAAAUCCUUUUAUCAGUUUACGUUGCCCGUGCCCGAGGAAUUGCGCGAAGAAGCUCAAAAGGAUGGCAUACACAAGGAUUUUCAGCGUACAAUUGAUGCGGGCAUUUGUAAUUAUAAUCGCGAUAUUGAUGCGCUUAUUGUUAUAUCGAAAUGGGAGCACACUCAAAAGCGCGCCAGCAUGCUCAAGGAUAUGCAUUUUCGUAAUCUCUCACAAAAGGUUAUGCUCUUGAAAAGAACUGAAGAAGCUGCUCGCCAGCUCGAAACGACCAAGCUGUUGAGUCGUGGUAACUUUGUUGAGGAAUUUCGUGUGCGUGAGGAUCUCAUGGGCUUGGCAAUUGGCUCGCAUGGCUCAAAUAUACAAGCAGCACGCACGCUGGACGGCGUCACGAAUAUUGAGCUGGAGGAGAAGUCUUGCACAUUCAAGAUUAGCGGCGAAACGGAGGAGUCUGUGCAGCGAGCACGCGCCAUGCUUGAGUAUGCCGAGGAGUUCUUUCAAGUGCCCAGGGAGCUGGUGGGCAAGGUGAUUGGCAAGAACGGUCGCAUCAUACAAGAGAUUGUCGACAAAAGUGGCGUUUUUCGAAUCAAGGUGAGUGCUAUCGCUGGCGAUGAUGAACAGGAUCAGAAUAUACCACGUGAGCCGGCGCAUGUACCCUUUGUGUUCAUCGGCACCAUGGAGAGCAUUGCAAAUGCCAAAGUGUUGCUGGAAUAUCAUUUGUCGCAUCUGAAGGAAGUGGAGCAGCUGCGUCAGGAGAAGCUGGAAAUUGAUCAACAGCUGCGCGCCAUACAGGAGUCAUCGAUGGGCUCGACACAAAGCUUUGCCGUGUCGCGACGCAACGAGCGCGGCUACAGCAGCGACAUUGAGUCUGUGCGCUCGAUACGCGGCGGUGGCGCUGGUGGCAAUCAGCGUGGGCGCGGCCGUGGACGUGGCGGAGGCGGCAACAAUAUGAAUCCGCGCUAUCACAACAAUCGUCGCGACGAGGAUGACUACAACUCACGCGGCGAUCAUCAACGUGAGCGCUACAACAAUGAUCGCGGCAACAAUGGCCCACCAAACAGUGGCGGCGGCGGCGGGGGCGGGGGCGGCGCUGCUACUGGCAACAACUAUCGCGGCAACAACGAUCGACGCGGCGUCAAUCGCCGGCCGCCACGUAAUGAGCAGAACGGGGGCAGGGACUACAAUCAGUACCACAAUCACAACGAUGAGAUACGAGAGACGCGCGAAGUGAGCAGCGUGGAGCGCGCGGAUAGCAACUCAUCGUACGAGGGCAGCACCCGAAGACGCAGACGGCAAAAGAACAACAAUGCGACUAGCAACACAAAUGGUGCGCUGGGUAACAACAACAAUAAUAAAACACAGCAACCACAACAACAACAACAGCAGCAGCAGCAGCCGCCGCAGCAGCAGUCGCAGCAAACGCCAGCGGCAUCGAACAAAGCGCCACUGAAUGCACAAGAGAACAACAAACAGAGCAGCGGCAACAGCAGCAACAACAGCAACAAUGCAAACUCAGCUGGCGGCAAGUCCAAGGAUGCGCCGCGUAAUAGCGAGAAGCGGGAAAUACAAGCGGCCGCACAGCAGCAACCACCGCAAGUAGCACAGGCUGGAGCGCCAGCACCACAGCAACAGCAGCAACAGUCGUCAAAGCCGCGUCGCAAUAACAAGAAUCGCAGCAAUCAUACAGAUCAACAGCAGCAGCAGCAGCAGCAACUGGUGCAGCCACCGCUGGCUGCAGUCGAAACUGUAAAGAAAGAGGGUUUGGUGAAUGGCACAUCCUAAUUAUUACAGCAACAACACACAACAGCAGCAACAUUAGCAGCAGCAGCAGCAGCAGCAACAACAAUACAAAUUGCACAUGGUUCGAUUUACAAAAAUAUGUUGUACGCGCAUCCAUCAGGCUCCACAAAUAAAUUAUAAUGUUAGUGUGUCGUCGUCGUCGUCGUCGUCGCCACAUAACAAAACGAGAAAAACUACAAUAGUAAUAACAAAUCAACAACAGCAACAACAACAACAUUGUGUAGAGUAGGCAUGAAUAACAAAAUCUUUAUGAGAAUCAUUUUGAGUAACUAAAGAGAAUCAAGCAAAAUAUACAUGGAUAUAUGUAAUAACUAUACAAAUCUACACAUACUAACACGGCACUUACACACACACACACACACACACAUCGACAGACAGACAGACAGACAGCUCGAAUUAUACACAAAAACAAAAACACACAUUAUGGUAACAAAUUAUGCCUAGGCUUUAUAAUUUUAAUUGAAAUUAAUAAAAACUACAUAACAAUCAAA